AUGGAUGUUCCAAAUGAAGAAAAGCGUAUUGAGGAAGGUGAAGAAGAUGAUAAUUUGGAGGGAGACAAUGAUGAGAAUCAAGAAAGUAAUUUUGAUGGUUGGCAAAGUGGACCAGAAGAAACACCUGAGGAUGAAAGGAACACAGAAAAUGAAGAAUACAAACCGGUUAACAAUGGCUACGAUUCACCGCUUUCGCCAUUAAUUAUCAGAGAGAAGAUUGAGAGUGUGUUGCAUUUUUCUUCAUUACCUCUGGUAGAAGAUGGUACUCUAGAAUGCCUGCUCUAUCAGUCAUGGCGCACUAAUUAUGAUAGCUCCAUGAGCCCUUCGUUACCUGCGGAUUUCUUUUCAGUAGAACAUAUUCAGCGAAGAGAAAGGGAACUGUACAAUCCAGGAACUCACAUUUUGCAAAAUUUGAUAGACCUGGUAGAAUCUGCAGUCCCAUCGAUUAAACCAAAAUGGAUGCCAUUGGAGGGGGAAAAUAAAAUGCCAGACACUGACUCACUAGCAUCAGUCGGUCAAAUGGGGUUACAAGCCAUGACACCACCGAAUGAUAAUUUUGGAAAUAAUUUUAGUUCUCCACCAUUCUCGCCUCCGCAAUUUCCUAAUUACUUAUCAGUUGCUUCUGAACAUUCCACCUCAAAUCAUUUGGCUCAGUUUAAUCUGAAUUCAUCACUAUCUGGCACACCACCCGUCACACCUACUUCACACUUACCGCCAGGCAAUCUACCAUCAGAUUUACAAAACCUUAAACCAUCCUCAUCGAGCGAAUCAUGUCGAUAUUGCAUUGCCACUUAUAAAUUUCCUCAAGAUCAUGAUAAAAAAGAAUGCCCAAAAUUAGCGUGGAUGAAGCCAUGCAGAGUAUGCCACGCAAGCGGACGUCUAAAUCACACUUUUAUAGAGUCGCCUAUACUACGAGUAAUUCGCUCGGUACCCCUCGCUUGGUGGUUUUACAACAUCAUAUUAGAGCAUUGUCCGUUCAAGAAAAAAGUUGUUUUAAAAUUGAAAUGUGGUGAACGCAACAAUAAUGACAAAGAAAAUAAAGAUAAUAAGAAUGAUUAA